CCACAGAGGCCGAAACCUUCUUCCCUUCCGUUCCCUGCGGCGGCUGCUUCCCUUCUCUCUCUUGUCUCGCUGUGCGGCUCUCGCGACUUCCCCCCAAAAAACCUCGAAAAGCAAAGGCAGCCGCGCGACAUGGCGGACGUUGAGCCGGCGGUGGCGGCGGCGGUGCCGGAGACUCAGGAGAUUGCGGCUGAGGGUGACGCGGCAUCGUUGAAGGCGCCGCACAAGCUGCAGCGGCAGUGGACCUUCUGGUACGACAUCCAGUCCAAGCCCAAGCCCGGCGCCGCCUGGGGCACCUCGCUCAAGAAAGGCUACACCUUCGACACCGUCGAAGAGUUCUGGAGCUUGUAUGAUCAAAUUUUUCGUCCAAGUAAAUUGCAAGGAAAUGCGGAUUUUCAUUUAUUCAAGGCUGGGGUGGAACCAAAGUGGGAAGAUCCAGAGUGUGCAAAUGGUGGCAAAUGGACAGUGGUAUCUAGCAGAAAGACUGCCCUUGAUACUAUGUGGCUUGAAACGUGUAUGGCUCUGAUUGGAGAGCAGUUCGAUGAAAGCCAGGAAAUUUGUGGAGUUGUUGCUAGUGUCCGCCAGAGGCAGGAUAAGCUUUCAUUAUGGACUAAGACUGCCAGUAAUGAAGCUGUUCAGGUAGACAUUGGCAAGAAAUGGAAGGAAGUCAUUGACUACAAUGAUAAAAUGGUCUACAGCUUCCAUGAUGACUCAAGAAGUCAGAAACCAAGCAGAGGCGGGCGAUACAACGUGUAAGGUUGCACGUUCUGAAGAUUGCAGCCUGGAGAAGUGGCCGAGCAGUGUUUUGCAGAGAUUGGUGAUUACUUUGCAAAAGGCCUCAGCUAAUGUUGUUUGAGGCAAUUUUCUGAUCUGUUAUGUUGGUUUGCACUCUGAUAGCUUAUGGUAAAAGAUACAGAAAUGUUGAGGUUUUGUAUGCCACCAAGUUUUCCUCAUACUUGAUAGCUUAUGACAAGACAUCGUUGGGUGCAUAAUAAUCUAUGGAUAUCACAGCAUAAAAUAUUUGCCGUUUUGUUUAAAA